AGCGGGUGAAGAGUCUGAAGUCUCAACAACAAACGGGCCACAAGACCGCGAAAUUGACAAGGAUCGUCUGUAGCUUGCUGCCUCAGUAGUCCAUCCCCAGAACAGCCCGGAAUUCUUGUCUACCACGGCUGCUCCCUCAAUUCUCCAUUGCCGCCGGUGAAAUCUAAUGGUCUAUUAGCAAUUAGCAGCAAGUAUCUAAUUCGGGGAGUUGCGUUGAUUCAGCAAGGCGAUUUGCUUCCGUCAUUGAAGCCGGCGUUAGUCACUGCCGGCAGCUGAAAGAAAGGGAAACAUGGAUCCGGAAAAUACACCUCUGGGCAGGAUGCUGCUGGAGGAGAUCACUCCGGUUAUCAUGGUGCUUAAUACCCCUCUUGUUGAAGAAGCCUGUCUGAAGAACGGUCUCUCAUUCGUCCAGAUGCUCACACCAUUCUGCUCGUUCGACAAUAUUGACGUGCCCGUACGCACCGCCAGUGAUCAACCUUACAGGAUUAAGAAAUUCGGCUCACGGUUGUUCUACGGUUCGGACAUUCGUCAACCUAAUUUAGAGGCAUCAAAAGAGCGACUGAAACAAGUUAUUACACAAGCCAGUGAAAAAGAUCAUGAAUUAUGUUCUGACCCACCUCAAAUUAAUGAUGUUGACUGUAUUGAGUCUGCAAUUCUACCUUUGUGGUUCCAGUUGUUUAACAAAGAGCUUAUACGUAAUAUAUCCUUUUCAGAACACGAAGCUUUUGAUCAUCCAGUGGCAUGCCUUUUGGUUGUCUCCUCAAGCGACGAUCAUCCUAUCAACAGAUUUUCUGACCUCUUUCACACAAGCAAAUUGCCCUCUCUUCUAAAUGAUGGUGCCAUGGACCCUAAGAUUUUGAAGCAUUAUUUGUUGUUACAUGAUAAUCAAGAUGGCUCUUCAGAAAAGGCAAGUAAAAUACUAACUGACAUGAGGAGUACGUUUGGUUCAAAUGGCUGCCAAUUGCUUUGCAUCAAUUCUUCUCAUGAUGAACUCAAUGAACGGCAAGAUGAUCCUUGGGGUUUGUUUAAGUCUGAUGCUUCAAUCGGUAAGCGACUUGGCUGCUUUCUUAGCAAUGAGGACCUAAUUGAGAUCCGAGAGUUAAUGCAAGAUUUGUUGUCAAAACAUAUCAUUCCGUACAUGGAGCAAAAGAUACGGGUAUUAAAUCAACAGGUGUCUGCUGCAAGGAAAGGUUUCAGAAAUCAGAUUAAAAACUUAUGGUGGAGAAAGGGGAAAGAGGACACAGUGGAUUCUCCUAGUGGCCCAACGUAUACUUAUAGUUCUAUCGAGUCUCAGAUUAGAGUAUUGGGUGAUUAUGCCUUCAUGUUCCGGGAUUAUGAACUUGCAUUGUCCAAUUAUCGCCUGAUUUCUACUGAUUACAAACUUGAUAAAGCUUGGAAACGCUAUGCUGGUGUCCAGGAGAUAAUGGGGCUUGCAUACUUUUUGCUCGACCAAUCAAGAAAGGAAGCUGAGUACUGCAUGGAAAAUGCACUCAAUACUUAUUUGAGAAUGGGCCCAUCUGGUCACCUAAAUGCAAUACGCUGUGGUCUUUGGUCAGCAGAGAUGUUGAAGGCAAGAGAACAGUACAGAGAGGCUGCUGCUGUUUAUUUCCGUAUAUGUAAUGAGGAACCUUUACAUUCAGCUGUCAUGCUUGAGCAAGCAUCUUAUUGUUACCUGUUAUCCAAACCUCCUUUGAUACGCAAAUACGGAUUUCAUCUUGUUCUCUCUGGCGAUCGUUACAAAAGAAUGGAUCAAAUUAACCAUGCAAUUCGGACAUAUAGAAAUGCAAUUGCUGUUUUUAAAGGAACUGAAUGGAGAUACAUCAAAGAUCAUGUAUAUUUCCACAUUGGACAGUGGUAUGCUUCUCUAGGUUUAUUUGAUGUUGCUGUCACUCAAAUGUUGGAAAUUCUUGACUGUAAUCAUCAGUCCAAGGCAACACAGGAAUUGUUCCUGAAGGAUUUUCUAAAAAUUAUUCAGAAAGCAGGAAAGACGGUCAAGGUGUUAAAACUACCAUUGCCCAAGAUCAACAUUUCAUCAUUAAAGGUUAUCUUUGAAGAUCAUCGAACUUAUGCAUCCGCUUCAGCUGCUAUUGUUCGAGAAAGUUUGUGGCAUUCGUUGGAGGAGGACAUGAUUCCAUCAUUGUUCUCUGGUAGGACAAAUUGGUUGGAGAUACAGUCAAAGAUAAUGUCGAGAAAGUAUAAAGAAUCAAAUAUUUGCGUUGCAGGAGAACCAGUGAAAGUGGAUAUUGUAUUUAAAAACCCUCUUCAGAUCCCUAUUUCCAUCUCUAGCGUUUCCCUGAUAUGUGACCUUUCUUCAAAAUCUGAUGAAACUGGAUCUGAUUCAAAUAACAUGAUUGCCGGUAUCCAGAAUGAUACUGAACUCAAGUGGUCAUCUGAUUGGGAUAUUGGGUCCCACAAUGCUUCAUUUACUUUGUCUGAAGUUCACCUCUCAUUAGAAGGGGAUGAAGAAAAAGUUGUGCAACUGACAGUUACUCCCAAAGUAGAAGGCGUCCUACAAGUGGUUGGUAUUAGGUGGAAACUUUCUGAUUCUGUCGUGGGGUUCCACAAUUUUAUUAACAAUUUAGGACAGAAGAGUAUUGGUAAGGGGAGACAGAAAGCUAAGCCUUCUCUUGCUGAUAACCUGAAGUUUGUAGUGAUCAAGAGUCUACCAAAGUUGGACGGUAGUAUUUUGUCACUUCCUAAAGCGGCAUAUGCUGGAGAUUUACAGCGCCUUGUCCUUGAACUGAAAAAUGAAUCUAUGUUUUCUGUAAAGAAUUUGAAAAUGAAGAUCAGUCAAUCACGAUUCUUGAAAAUUGGGAACCAAGAAAAUAUGAAUGCAGACUUUCCUGCUUGCUUGGAGAAGCCAAAAAAUAGUGAACAGGGAGUACUAGCCAUCCCUGAUACAACAUCAAAUGACACGUUUUUGUUCCCAGAGGACACUUCAAUUCAAGGCGGAGCAUCCUUAUUGUUACCCCUUUGGCUUCGAGCUGCUGUUCCUGGAGAUAUAUCCUUGUACAUAAGCAUAUAUUAUGAGAUGGAAGAUGUAUCAGAUAUCAUGAAAUAUCGCAUUCUACGCAUGCACUACAAUAUUCAGGUUUUGCCGUCCCUGGAUUUAUCAUUCCAAAUAAAUCCGUGUCCUUCAAGACUGCAUGAGUUUCUUGUCCGAAUGGAUGUUAUCAACAAGACUAGCUCUCAGGUUUUCCAAAUUCAUCAGUUGUCAUCUAUUGGACAGAAUUGGGAACUUUCGUUACUUGAACCUGUUGAUACUAUUUUUCCUUCACGAGCUCUAAUGCCUAGCCAAGCAUUGUCAUGUUUCUUUGUUCUCAAGAAUAAUAACAAAGCGUUUGGUUCUGAAAAAAAUGUAUCUUCUGUCCCCCCGCUACUUGGAAGUGAUCUAAAGUUGGGUCCUCAGACUAGCAAUGAACAGGUCUUCGACACAGCUAGUUUUCCUCUAGCUGCUUUCCAUUAUUCUGAAAGAGCGCACCAAGGAACUUCAAACCAGGACAUAAAUACAGUAGACUUCAUAUUGAUCACUCGGCCACAUAAGAAUACUACUGAUCCUGUAAUUUUUGAUUCAUCACGUCUAUUCUCUCAUCAUGUCUGUCAUUGUCGUACUUCAAGCAACAGUCCUAUAUCGUGGCUACUCGAAGGGCCUCGGAGUUCAUAUCACAACUUCUCCACUUCUUUUAGUGAAAUCAAUUUCAAAAUGACAAUCUAUAACUCAUCAGACUCAACUGCAUCUAUACGCAUCAAAACAAUAGAUUCUGCAUCUACGAGUGAAGGCAAUGAAUCCGCUCCCCAAUCGCCUAGCUCUUCCACAAACCAAACAGGAUGGCACUAUGUCUCACUCACUCAGGACAUUAAGGUCACAUCUGAUGUUCUUGGAGCACAAACGGAGAAGUCGUCUUCACUCGAAAGCGUAUCUCCCUUUAUCUGGUCUGGAACAAGCUCAACAACAGUACAAAUUGAACCCAAGUCCAUGACUGUAGCUCCUCUUCAGAUCUGUAUAUUUUCUCCUGGAAUAUAUGAUCUAUCAAACUAUAUUUUACAGUGGGAAAUUCUACCGUCGCCCGGUUCAGGAAACAGUAAAACUACUGUCUCGUCGGGAACAUGCCGGGGCUAUCCGUACUAUCUUACUGUCCUUCAAUCUACUUGAGAAGUUGCAAAAUCAUGGAAACAGGUUCGUUUUCCUUUCAUUUUCACCUAGGAAUGUUUUCAUAGCAUUGUUAUAAUUUUGCUUGUGAAUUAUAUUCAUAUCAACAGCAUUUUUGAGGAGGGUAGGCAGCUUAAUCAAGUUUAUCUAUAGGUUAAAUUAUAUUCUUUCCUGGUGUUGGUGUAAUAAGAGGAAACUAGAACUACAAUGCCUUUUUUACCCUCUCGCUGUAUACAAGAUUAGAGAAACUCAAGUUUAAUUAGCAAUUUUUGAAGUUA